AUUGAACUUUCCAACUCAUCAGUGAUAGUUCUUCCCUUGUUUUUUUUUUCUUCUUCUUCUCACAAUGGUGGCUUGGGUACUAUACUACUACAACCCCUCCAGCGCAGCUGCAGGAAUCUUCCUCGUGCUGUUCGGGCUCGGGGCUCUCCUGCAUUUCUACCAGUUGGUCCGGACACGAACAUGGUUCAUGAUUCCGUUUCUGAUCGGAGCGAUACUUGAAACGGUCGGAUAUGUCGGUCGUCUCCUCUCCUCCUUCCAGUCUCCCAACUGGACGACAGGCCCGUACAUCAUCCAGAGCGCUCUGCUUCUCAUUGCGCCAGCCUUCUUCGCAGCCUCCAUCUAUAUGGAGCUUGGCCGAAUCGUUCGCGUGCUGGAGGCGGAGAAGCUGGCUGUUGUGCCCGUGCGGUGGUUGACUGCGAUUUUCGUCACGGGUGAUGUUCUGUCCUUCUUGAUGCAGGCGUCUGGCGCCGGCCUCAUGGUUCAAAAUACCUCCAACCCCGAUAUGGGCGAACAUAUCAUCGUCGGCGGUCUCUUCGUGCAGAUCAUCUUCUUCGGCUUCUUCUUCAUCACCACCAUGUUUUUCCAGCUCCGUAUCGGCCGGUCUCCCACCUCUGCGUCAAUAGAUCUCAGCUCGAUCUGGAAGAAACACCUGUUUACCCUGCACGCAUGCAGCAUUCUGAUCUUGGUCCGUUCCGUGGUCAGAGUCGUCGAGUACCUGCAGGGGUAUACCGGGUUCAUCGCGGUGCAUGAGGUGUUCCUCUACAUCUUUGAUGCGGUGUUGAUGCUCGCUGUCGUGAUCUGUAUGAACUUCACGCAUCCGAGUGAAAUCAACUGUCUGCUUGGCCGAUCGGACUGGAUGAUCCGUGGUGUCAAGGCGCAUAAGUCGGUUCCGCGCUCGGGUGAGCUGCCUAUGUAACUCAUGCCCUGCCCCUGAUGUUUGAGUUUUUUUUCUCUCCCUUCUCUGUAUCUCUGAUGCCAACCAUUAAUGUAUCUCCCUGUUUGAUUUGUUGUUUCAAGACUUUCAUGUCAACAUAAAGUUAUGACUAGAUAUUAGAUCUUAGAUCUUGUUAUUGUCUUUUGUUGAAUUCCAAUAUUGUACAGCCCAAUUCCUGUAAUGUACAGACGCCGCCCACCCAAAAUGCGCC